AUGGCUGAGGAUACAGUACAGUCCUUACAAUCAUCUCCAGUCUUUUCGAGUAAGAUGUCCUCUGAAACAUCGUGGCCGGUAUCGUAUUCUAUGGUACCAGGAGUCGAUUCAGCAAUCUCCGAGGACGAUAACACGCUAAAUCAAUCCCAAACACGUGGUACUGUUACUUCUGGUACAGUGGGAUUACAGAGGUCCAUAUGUGCCACAGAUAUCGUGCAAGACAACGCUGUGCAAGUUUUUAGAAAGUGUUGCGAUAUCCAUUAUGCAGAUUGCCCCAAUCGUCGACCAUCUUCUAGAGAUAUCACUACAAGUAUGGAGUCUCAGAAUGAAGCUAUAUAUCCGUCGAUCCAGGAUGCGGGUAAUGCAUCUGAUUUUUCCCAAGAGAUGGGCAUUGUACAGAGUACAUCUUCCAAAGGAUCACGACAAAUGGAUAUGUCAAGUGAUCUCGAACAGGCAGCAGGGGCCCAGGCGAAUUCGUCUGAAGAUCAUACGAUUGAAGAUAGCUUAAUCACUGUUUCAACUACACAGCCAUCUCAUAUUGUACAUGAAGAUAUCAUCACGGAUCUUUCGAAUGAAUCUCUUUCGACACACCAUCAGAGGUCAACAUAUCCUUCUACUUAUCAUGACGAGAUGAUAAAUCCCCAACCAUUUUCAAUACAAUUGACAGAUUUCAAUCGAAAGAUAAAUUCCGAUCAAGAAUCACUUCAAGCGGAAAUGGGUUAUAUUCACAGCAUGAGGUUGAAUAUUUGGAGCUUGCGAUCAAAGAUUCACGAAGCUCGUAUCAUGUUGAGAGAGAAACAAGAAAUCAAGUCCAAGGCUGACGAUCAAUACAUGAUACGUCUUAAUGAGCAUGAGUUUAACACGGAUGUUCGAGAGCCACGCCUUUCUAUAUCGGAUUUACGCAACUUCUGUAGGGAUGUUCGAGACGAAUAUGGGCCGAUGGAAGAUGAGUGUAAUGAUCUUGAGAACCAACUGUCUAGUGAAGAAUUCCAACUCACGAAAAGGGAGCACCAAUUUUACUCAAGGUGGCACUUUCCAUCGGAGCCAGAAGUUCAUACCACCAAUCCAUAUUCUGAAGACCACGUAUAUUUCCCAUACGCGGGGUUCGAUAUCGAAGAAACUAAAAAGCCAUACCACCCAUUGGUAGCUAACUACUUAUCAAAACUUGGUGAUCUUGAUCUGCUAAAAGAAGAUAUCCAAGACGUCACGGACGAAAAGAUGGGCUUGGAGCAGCAGAAAGAAACACGUGAAGCAUACAAUUUAACUUUGGAUUCUGAGAGUCAAAGCUGGCUUGAUAAAUUUGACGAAAUGAUCUCAGCUAUCUUCGAAGACUUGCAUCGGACUAAGGCAGAAGUUGCCGUGUUAAGAGAAGAGUGCGAUGCACAUGGCCUCCUUGAUCCGGAUGGCGAGCCUAAAGACCUACAAAAUCUAGUGCAAUUUCAAUUUCAACACGAGGAAGAUCUAAACGCCAAUGGAAACAUAUCUGAGUAUGUCAAAUUCCCCUUACUGCUCCCAUUCCCGUGUUCCAUGGGCAAUAAAAACGAGAUUCAUGAUCGAUGCUCAAAUCCUGACCAGAGCUCGGAUGCUAGUAAUGGACGAGUAAAUGAAUGGAUGUUAAGAAUUUUACGAUCAUCUCCUUUGCAUGUUAGGCUUUUAGCAGCCUGCCACAGCACAUUCAGAGAGGUCACAGACGGAGACAGAGGCUGGCAACUUCAAGUACUUGCGCGGUGGUACAUGGACGAAACAAACAAAAGACCUCCGGAGCUGAACUUUCACGAUUCAAAUGAUACGGCAGAAACCGACAUUGACUUUGAUAACUUAACAGUUUCGAAUGAACGCAUCUCGAAUAAGCAUUUUUCUGACGGGGCUACUCGAACAGGUUCCUCAUUCUCCCUCGGGAGUUGA